AUGGCGCCCUCUGAGCUGGCUGACUGGGCCAAAAUAUGGAGAGAGGAUUACGAUAUUGAUCGUCGCCUCGGCGCCAUUGAUGACUUUGGCAAGGCCUUGAAGAAACCAGACGAGUGGAAGCAAUGCUGGGACAUUGCCGGAGGCACAGCCGGCCUCGUUGAAUUGCUGUCGUUAGCGUCUGCCAGAGAGGUCUCUGCCUUUUGCCAGAGCAUCAGCAACUGUAGAGGCCGCAUCGGCAUGCCGAGGGAGAGGGAGACGGCCGUCCAGCAGCUCCUGACCGCCCUUCUCCCACAGCAAUAUCCCUCUUCGAUGCUACAAAGCCAAGACAAGCGCCCGCUGCAGCCCAUCUACGCCCGCAUGUUGGUCGCUUGCCCCUCGGAAUUUGUCCAUGAUAUCCUGCAAUCCCAGGACGAGUCGCACCCGCUUUACCGGGGGCUCGACGAAAAGCGGCUCAAGGACCUCGUCUCUACCCACGACGACAUGUUGAAGCGGCGCCUGACUGAAUACCUGACGCACAACGCUGCUCAGAUCUCAAAGACCGAGUUGAAAGUGUUGUUCAAGCAGCUCGUCUUUUCUCAGCCCCAGGUGCCCGGAGAUCAGCCACACAUGUCGGCAUCCAUGCAGUUCGCCUGGAAGCUGCUGGAAGAGCGUCUCGCAAACAGCUGCACCGUAAAACGCUGGCCGCGCGAGGUAUCCGAGCUGGAGCUUCUCAUGUCCAUCUUCCGUAGGCACAACAAGAAGCACAGGCGCGGGGACAAAACAUUCCUCGUCAACAUGGGUUUCCGACUGAUAAGAGCCAAUCCAGAGCUCAAGAAAACGCAGCACGCAAAAGAAUUCAUGUCUGCCAUCCUCACCAUCUGGGAGAAAUAUCCCCGUCGGUACGACAACCUCUUGGACGAAGCCAUGCGUCUUGGACUCUCCAAAGAAGCUCGGUCCAAGGGAACGAGCUCCAAAGGACGCGAGCCCCAGAUAUCAGUCAUCAUCUAUCGUUGGAGUGCAGACCCAGAUUAUUACGAAGGGCUAUUGGCGUGCGCUCUUCGUCUGGGUUUUGGUGGGACGGAGAAAGAAAUCAGUUCCCGAUAUUUGGAAGCAUGCGGAUAUUUUUCGACCAAAGAGCCCAACCCAAAGCUAAAAUGGCAAUUGCUGCGUCUGUAUUGUCUGCACGUUCCACGCUGGGGUGUCGAUAUCGAAACAUCAUCCGACUCCAAACCGCUUGCAAACCAAGGCUGGCCCCUCGGAAUCUUUGAGGGAUUAGAAAAGGAGAAAUCCGUGCACUUUCUACAAAGACUGUACGAAGCCAACCCCGAUUUUGACUUCUUGACCAAGUGCCAUGGGACCACCAUCUACCAAUUGUCUCGCCUCGGCCCACGACGCAACUUCAACGUCGAGCUUCUCCUCACCGUAUACCGGCGGGGAAGCCCCGGGGCCCUGUCAAAAGCAUCCGAAGAAGUUGACCGCCUUCGGAAGACGGCAGCCACUUCGCGAGAGCCAGAGGACCGCACACUGUACGCAAGAGCCGCCGCUCACUACGCCAUAGCGAGUGGUAGUCUGGAGCUGUAUGGCGAGACGGUCCUGUGGCAGCAGCGCUUCGUCCGUGACUACUUUGCUGCAAAGUCUCUGUUCACGAGGGAUGCCCUCCUUAAUCAGGAGGGGAUCAAUCUGCUCUCUGGUAUCCCAUCACCGCUGCCGGAGGAGGUGAGCUGGGGCGGGAUCAGAAAGCAGAUCGCAGCCGCGAACGGUAUACUCAAGACGUUGAACGAGUCAGCCAAGAUUAGCAAAGAGGAGCCGAAGCACAAUCUCUUGCGCUGGGACAAUUUGACGCAGCUCUACUAUCAGGUCUACGAGCAGCGCGUGUUUCGGACGCAGGGAAUCGAGGUGCAGCCUAGCGGCUCGGAGCCAGAUUUCUUCCACAUCAUGUGGGAGGGAACCGCCGAUUUGACAAACAGCAUCGGCUACGACUUUCUUUCCCGAGUCACAUACUCUACUAUGAGCCUGGUCAAUAGGCUUCACGGCGAUAGCCUCCGUUAUGCCACGCAGACGUUGCGUCAAGCCGCCGCCGACUGGAAGGUGGAUAAAAAUGCCAGCACCGACCACGAGAGUGUCGGGAGUGAGUUGAGAUCGCUGGCACACCAAUCCGUAGCGCGACUUGCGGGCAGAGAUAUAUCCAAGUACACGCGUGACUUGAUCAUAGAUGAAGUCAUGAGCAACCCGGAAUCCAGCAGCUGGCACAGGAAGUUCCUGUCUAUCGGUCUGUUCAGGAACCUCCCGGCCCAAGAAGCCGAGGGGAUGCUCCUUGAUUUCGCGGCCGCCAUCGGAGAUAAACUCGAGGAGCAAUCGUAUGUCAAGGUAGGCGAGCUGGAAGCGCCCAAGAGCGCCCCUCCUCGCUCCAUUGUCAAGGUCUCGACCGUCAAGUACCUCGCUCAAGUCGUCAAAAAGGCCGACUUCAUCUCGCCCGAUACCGCUUUGCAAGUACUACUCGAUUUGUCCAAGGCGGGCACGCACAUCGAUGUUCGCAUCGCCACUUUGAGCAGCCUACUCAGCACGUUCAACACGAUCGUGGGUGAGAUCGGUGAGAACCCGAGAUCUGAUCCGGUGUUUGAGAGGAUCAUGGCCACGCUCGAAAUGUCGGUCCCGUUCGCAGGCAACGUUGACGAGCGUCUCUCCAUGAGCGAAGCCGACUGGGUAGAGAGCAAAGAAAAGCUGUGGCUCCCCACCGUCUCUGAGUUCAACGCAUACGACUUGCCGUCGUUGUUCUCUGCUCUUUGCGAAAGCAUCGACAAAGAGACAUACCCAAACCUCGCACCGUUUCGGGCCGAGCUGUUCGCACGUCUUGUGCUACCUGCCUUGAAGAGCUCGCAGGUACAACACAGGAAGUGGCUGUCUGUCUUCUUCGCAAAGCACGGUUCACAGCUAAGCGCCGAUGCCCUGCCUGCCAUGCCCGUAUCCGAUGCUAUGUGGCACACCAUAAUGAGCAAUCACGGUGACCUCGUACCGCCGUCAUUCAUUGCCGAAUACAACGAAUACGUCCUGUUCAGGAUGCGGCCCCCAUGGGAGCUUCAGCAGUUCAAUCACAGGCUGAACCAAGAUGCCAGCUUGCGCAACGAUGCAAGCACGUCGCACUGGAAAUCCAUAGUCGGAAAAGAUGAGUUCAUUUCGUUCUGGAAAGACGAAAGCAGGUACCUGUUUUCGUUGAUAGCGUUACCGGCUACUAAAGAGUGUCCGACGGCCGACUUAAUCAACGCCAUAGUCAGUCAGGCGUCUUUGCUGCUUGACGAUUACGAAGAGUGCAUGGAAGAUUGGGCAUACCUCGUUUAUAACUUGCUGGAUCCCACAUUUUUCGAGUUCUGGGAUACCAAAGAAAAAGAGAAAUGUUGGUCAUACCGGUGCGAGGUGACUGAUACUCUUGCACGAAGCCUAGUUGACCUUGUGUGCAAGAAGGCCUCAAGCAAGAACUUGAACGCUGGCUGUCUACCCGGGACGUUCCCCCUGCGUCUCUGGUCCCUUCCUCUCCCAUCACCUCUGUUGUUCAAGCAGGGAUGGGACGCAGACUAUCGUAUUUUCAGCAAUAAGCUGGACUUGUGCAUCUCCUCCUACCUCGAGAGUGACGAGGGGAAUGUGCUCCUCUGGGACACUCUGGCUCGAGACGUCUGCUCCGUACUCUUGAAGAUGUACGGCGAUACAGUUGCACGCCUACGGCACGCCGUAUACAUUGGCGACCUCGAGCACAGCGGCAGCCAAACGCAGUCGACCCCCGCAGACCUCGUCAAAGUCACGAUUGCGAUGAGACUUGCCGAGGUGGACAGCCAGGGAGAGCGAAACAUCCGGAAGCAAAAACGCGUUGACAAACCAGGUAGCGAGCCGAGGAUGACCGAGGUGGAGGAACUCGCGAAACGUAUGUACGGCAUCAUGGAGAAAUGGAGACGUGGGGGCAGCAAAGGGUCUGCGAUAUCGGAGGGCGUCAGGGAUAUGUUUCUCCAGUGGCGACGGACGCAUAAAUCGACCUGGGAAGCUUUCAGUAGUUGGGAGUAG